CAUAUCGAAAUACAGUUUGUUUGCUUUUAUAAAGAACUAUUUUAUUUAAAUGAGUUCGGCAAACAAAAAGAUGGACGGCGAUAAGAAACGCAGACGUAAGAAGAGCACGUUGAAGGCCAGCGAUAAUAGCUGCGCUGAGCCAAUCGUCGAUAGGCCCUUUUUUACCAACAAUCUGGACUACUAUCCCGAGCUGCCCAAGCCGUCUGGACCGAAAAAGGAUUCAUUCAAGUACUACAAGGACUGGAAGAGCUACAGCGAGUCAGUUCAGGUAGAGCCAGAGGAGACAACGCAGUUGAGCAAAGAGCGGCCACAGUCGAGCGGAGCAGAUCCUCAGGGACAGAGCAUCGAUGGCAAUGUCAAGGAUCUGGCAUCCAACGUGUUUUCAUUGAAGGACUACAAAGGCGGGAAGUGCUACAUCGAUACAGCUGAGGUAGAGCCAGGCAAGCCGAAGCAGCUGGGCAAGGAGCUGCUAGAGCCAGAGUCGAUCGGAGCAGCUGCCCAGAGUCAGAGCAUCGGUGGUAGUGCCAAGAAUCUGGGCUACUAUUCCGAACUACAGCAGCCGAUUGGAUCCACAGUGGAUGCAUUGAAGUACUACAAGGGCGGGAGGAGCUACAGCGAGACGGUUCAGGUAGAACCAGAGAAGACAACGCAGUUGGGCAAAGAGCGACCACAGUCAGAGCCCCUGCCGAUUGCCGCAGAUCUCCAGAGUGAGAGCAUCGAUGGUAGUGUCAAGAAUCUGGGCUACUAUUCCGAACUACAGCAGCCGAUUGGAUCCUCAGUGGAUUCAUUGAAGUACUACAGAGACUGUAAGGGCUAUUAUGAGACAGUUCAAGCAGAGCCAGAGAAGACAACGUACGAGCUGCCAAAGCCAGAGCCACAGCCGAUUGGAGCAAAUCCUCAGAGACGCAGUGUCGAUGGCAUUGCGCACACCUGCCAGCUGUUGGGCGAGAAGGUUUAUGCGUGGACACAUCAGCCGAACGGACAGCCGCUGGUGUCGCUACCAGCGCUGGCCGCCAUGGACGGCGUGAACUUGGCCAGCGUGCUGAUGGCUGCCCAUCUGAUCCAGAACCGUCAGGAUCCCGGUGAGAGCUGCAUGAUGACCCACUUCAAUGCCAAUGAGCUGCGCAGCUAUUUUGUCCAGAGCGACGAGGUUCGACAUGUGCUCAAUCGUUGCGAGCGACGCGAGCUCAAUCUGCAUAAGGCGGUGCCACUGAUGUGCCCGCCAAUGGCCCGCGAUCUGCCCCAGCCGCCGUCCCAGUGGCUGGCCCAGCCGAAGACGAAGCCAAAGCACAAGAAGCGACUGCCGCAGAGCCGCCAGGGGGUAGAUGCCAGAGGCCUCGACAAUUUCGUGAAGCCCAAUCUAAAGCUGAUCGCUGAAUGGCAGCCAGAAACAUCCAGCUACAACUACAAGUUGCAGUCGCCACAUAUAUAGGGAGAAAGAUAGAGAGAGAGAGAGAGAGAGAGAGAUAGAGGGGGAGGCAGACAGCAUGAGAGGUUUUAAUACACUAUAUUAUUGACUGGGAAAUUUUGGAAAAGAGUGAGAGUGUAAGGGAGAGGAAGAGUGAGAAUAUAAGAGAAAGAGAGACGGAGACAGACAGAGAGCGAAGGCGAAGGUUUAACAAAGAGAUGCAAGAAAAAGAGAGACGAUGAAAAUGAAGGAGAAAAUGAGAUAGAUAAUAUGAAAGAGAGAGUGAAGAGAUAGAGGAAACAUAGAAGAGAGAGAUGAAGAGAUAGUAUGAGAGGGACCGAGUUAGUAUAAGGGAGAGAGAUGAGAGAGAGAGAUGGUGAAGAAACAGUAUGACCAAUUGUGAGAGAGACAGAGAAUGUGCCAGAGAGAGUGAGGGAGGGGGAAUUGGAUAAUGAGAGCGCAAGAAAUUGAGGUAGGAACAGGAAAAGAAACAAAAAUAUAAAACUUGUGACAUAAAAGUAACAGAGAAUAUGAGAGAGAGAGGGAGACACAUAUGAAUAUGUAGAGAGGGCAGAAGAAAUACAGCCUGUAGAGAGUGAAGAAUCGAGGCAAAUACAAGGGAAGAGCAAACCAAAAAAACCAAAAUGUAGAGAGAAUUGAGAAACGAUGAGCAUUCAGAGAGCAACCGAUUUCUAUAGCGAACGCCAGAAGAGGAAUUUUGAUAUUAUGCUGACACGACGAAUUGAUAGUUAAUUAUAAUUUCUGGAAAAUAUAAAUCUCA